ACUUUAGAAUCUCCAGGAGACUAUAUUGAGAGAGGUUCAUUAGACGGAUCAAAUGGACAGAAGAAAGUGUGCCCAUUUUACCGCAAAUGGCUUAAGAAUUGUUCUGGACUGGAUGAUCCUAAUUACGGCUAUUCAGAAGGCAGACCCUGCAUUAUAGCCAAGCUCAACAGGAUUAUUAACUUCUAUCCCAAGCCUCCAAAGAAUAACAGUGAUCUUCCUGAAGAGUUGCAGGCAAAUUAUAAUCCAUUUGUUCUUCCAAUUCAUUGCACAGCAAAGAAAGAAGAAGACAGAGGUAAAGUUGGAUCUGUGGAAUACUUUGGUCUGGCAGGAUAUGCUGGCUUUCCUUUGCAGUACUACCCAUACUAUGGCAAGCGUCUACAGCCAAAAUACCUCCAGCCUUUAGUUGCUAUUCAGUUCCACAAUAUCUCGCAGAAUGUGGAAGUUCGCAUUGAGUGUAAAGUGUAUGGUGAAAAUAUUAAAUAUAGUGACAAGGACCGCUCUCAGGGACGUUUUGAAGUAAAAAUUGAGGUCAAAAGCUGAUAAUUGCAAAAUAGAACUUGCCCCUUUAUUUCAAAUUUAGUCUUGAACAAACUGUCAUACAUAUGGGACCUACACUUAAUCUAUAUGCUUUACACUAGCUUUCUGCAUUUACUUAGGUAUGUAACAUAAAAGCAAUAGUAGUACAUAUUUAUUCUACUGUAAAUGAUACUACUUGAGCCAUGGGUAUGUCCAUUAUUGUAAAUUAUAAUUCCACUAAUGUGUAGCAGUCAUUGUUUCUGUCCCUUUAGAUAUUGCUGCCUUGUGCCUUGUGUGAGUUUGAGUGUACAGUACUGUAGUGCAUUCACUGGUCCUUCAAACCAUGUUGCAGUUUCAAAGCAAGCUUUGCUUUCCAAGUUGUAAAUACUCUGAAAAUUGCCAUGGUACUCUAUUUUACUUGUUAUGCCCAUGUGUAUGAAUAUACUGCACUCUGAAUUGUGUAGGGGGAGGGAGGAGAAAUUGCAUUUUCUUUUGGCAAUGUUAAGUGUAGGGUGAUGGGUUUUUAUUACACUUCCUUUUAGUUCUGUUUAAUCUUCAAUCUAUGUUGAGAUCUGGGUUGGGCUGUCAAGCUAUUGUGAUUAAAGUUGUUUGCUGGAGCCAUCACCUGGUGGUGUCUGUGAAUGUUUUAACCAUUUUUCAUGGAAGAUUUUAUAUUUAUGCAGUUGUAAAAUUUUUCUGCAAAGUUUAAUGUAUAAAAGAUACCAAAGUCACUGGUAAAAUCAUAAUCCUUUAUUUUAAACCAAUGCAGUAGGAUGGUGUUCAUGGUGUAAAAUGCAAAUGCAAUGUAACAUCUGUAACCUUGUUGGGAGAACAGUACUCCACAUGAUUCAAAGCAACAAAAAAAUAAAACUCAUGAACCUA